AUGCGCAUCAACCUUGGUGCCAACAAGAAGCUCAUCAGCUCGGACUGUUUCCGUCUGUUGAGUUUGGUUCCAGAGGUUCAAAACGAUGUUGAAGUGGUCAAACCCGUUCUGGAAGAAUUGGAGGUGAUGCGACUGAGCUGCUCGCUCGGGAUGUUGUCGUCGGUGAAUGCGAAAGACUUUGAGAUGGAGAUGCUCGAGGCACGGGAGUUCGACGACGACUUCAUUCUCUUUCUGCGUAAGGAAAUAUUCGGGACAAAUGAGAAGCUCGAGUCUGACGGUGUCAAGGUGGUGUCUCUGUUUGGGAAGCAAGCGGCGGUGGAGCUAGAGCUGGAGCGCUGUGGGUGCUGGUCAGACGAUAUCGAGAGGAAUCUGAAGACAGAAGACCAGGGUAUUUACUGUAUUGCUCAGAAGAGCGACUGUUCUGUGUUGGUGCUGUUUGGAUGGAUCCAAGACGACUUGUUCCGGAAAUCCCGACUGCGUGAUACGGCGACGUAUGUGCUCCGUUUCCUAACGUGUUUGAGUCCAGAUAUGGUGUGCUGCUUGUCAUCUGAAGAUGUCGAGCUCCUCGAUCGGGCUGUGACUUCCAUGAACUCCAACCAUUUGGACGCUUGGAAGUCGUUUUCGGUCGCGUUCCAUGUCGAGCGGCAGGAGGAGCAAAGCGAUGGUGUGCUAGGCGAAAAACUUGCAACCUUAAAGCUACCAAUGAACUCUUCACCUCAGAACCUCCAACUACUGAAGGGAAGCUAUCCAGCGUAUUCCGUGGUGGAACCAGCUCCAGCCAUGAAACGCAAAGAGUGGAGUAGUCAAAGAUUUGAUACUGUUAAGGAAUUUGCGACUUGGUUAACCAACGAGUCGAAGCAACGAAACAUCCGACUUGAGUGUGGUGUCAUGGGUCCAGAUAACUUUCGCAAUGUGUUGCUAGAGACCACUGGCCGCUGGCCUGAGAAGGAGCUAACGGAUGUCAAGGAUAUGCUCAAUCGUAGCUUACGAGCGUCAGUGGAGCAAUCCAAGGAGCAAGUACAAACAUACAUAGAGGAUCUCCGCGCGACACUACUUAGCCAUAUGGACCGUUUGUUCGACUUGGACAUUUUGUUCAAAGGAGACAAAGGGGAAUCAGCGUUCAGGACUCUGAACAAUUGUUUUCAAGAUAUUCAGUCAGAACGCCGCAUUUGGGGUAAACUCGACACUUCGACACAAGUGACGUUGAAUUUACCGCUUCGUCUUAAAAACCAGAUGAAAACGAUUGCUACGAUGUUUCGCGAUCAGAGCGGCAAUGCCCCUGAUGAGAACGUAGGCGAAUCCCUUGCAGUAUCCAUGCGAGAGUUCACUGUCUUGGAUACCAAGCUUAAGACUGGUAGUGAUGGAAUCAUUGGACGAGCAUUGAAAACGGUCGGUGGCAUGCUACCAUGGGACCAGACUUCGGAGUUGCUAUCGGACAAGUUUCGCGAGGCCAUGGUGGGACCAUUGAUCGAGGCUCGGCAUAAUUGGUUUCAGUCCAUUGAGACUGCCUUAACUGUAGCUGAAAGCGUUUUGCCGAGGAAAUGGAAUGAUGACAUGGAGAAGUCUGUCCGCCAGUCGUGUCAAGCUGAUGAACACAAGCUGAUUACAGAGGCGUUUAACGAUCUGAUUCUUUCUUGGCGAGAACAACACAAAGAAGGAUUGAUGACUACAGUCCGCCCACGCGUUCGUCAGAUGACAGUUUACUGCGACGUCGAGAAGGAGCAAUGGAAGCCUGCAACCGACCAGCUGAAGAUUUCCAAGCUGGUGCAGAACGAUGACGGAACUUUUAGUACCAUUGAGCUGGGCACACAUCGUCUAAAUCCUGGUGCAAAAAUUCUUAAAGCUUUCACGAUCAAGAACAGCUGCCUCGUUUUGGUAACUACGUCUUUGAGCGGGACGUUGGUGGAACGCGUAGAUUUCCCGCUUCAGCGCUCGUGGUGGGGAGGAAACACUGGGGAGGUGUCAUUCGCACGUCAGUUCGGUCGAUCGGUAUCAUUAUGCGAUUUUAACGUUCACGACCGAGUUGUAGCGCUCGUUGAGGAAGGAGGUCGGGUGGUGCUCUAUCGCUUCAAUGAAACGUUCUCAUCGCUGGAGAUCUACAAACCAAUUGAGUUGUCGCUGCGAACGUCGUUGGCAAUGCCAGUGACAAAUGUACUUCUAGUAGAUGGUUCUCUUUAUGCCACAGACACGAAUGGUUCGAUCCAGUCGGUCAGUCUCAAGAACCAGCAAGUAUCUCGAGCAGUGCGAAUCAUGCCAUCGGGAUCUUGUGAACCUAACGGUUCACUGUUUGCUAUGGCUGACGAUAUGGUGCUCGGCUUUGUGGGAAAAUAUGAAGUCAUGAACUCAACUGAAGACGAUGAGAGGGCUGAGCUACUUGCCGUGGCCAGUGAAGAUUUCCGCAGAGUUCCAGUGAAUUAUAUUGGAGGGUUUACCCUCCACUCGAAGGGUUUGUUGAUUCAAAGCUUUGGUGAUUUGCUGUUCGCAGUGAACGAGGAGAGGAAGAAAAUGUGUGUAUGCCGUCUAACAGUGACUGUGAGAAGCGAAUCGUUCCGGAUUCAGCAUUCCAAGGAACGCUCUGUCAACGGUAGCAAGGCGGAGUCGGUGGAUGAUGACGAGGUGGAUCACUGGCUCUGA